AUAGAUUUGCAUAACAACACUACCUUUUAUAAAAUUUAGUUUACUACUAAUUUCCAGAAAUGAAUGAAGGGGAAGGUGAGGGUGAAGGAGAUGAUACUAUUGGGGAGUAUGAUGGAGAGCGGAACAAGUUGAAACAAAGGCAUGGGAGAGGUCGAGCGUUACUGCCCAAUUCUGACUUCUACGAUGGACAUUACAAAGAAGGCCUGAGGAAUGGUCAAGGACAUUAUGUGUUCAAGGGAGGUGCCCAGUAUGUUGGGGAGUAUAAGGAUGGAGUCAAACAUGGUGUCGGAACAUUCUAUUACCCCGAUGGAUCAAAUUAUGAAGGUGAAUGGAAAAACGACAAGCGUGAUGGUAAAGGUGUCUACACUUACGCUCAAGGUGACGUCUACAGCGGAGACUGGGAACAAGAUGAGAGAAGUGGACUUGGUACCUACACAUACAAAACAUCCGGUGUAGUCAUGCAUGGGUUGUGGCAGAAGGGGAAAAUGGAGGGAAGAGGGAAAAUCACAUAUCCUACCUUCACAUUUCAUGGAACAUUUCUGCACAACAUGCCAAUCGGAAAAGGUUGUUUCGUCUUUGAUAACUACUGCAUUCAAAUUGGUCACUACGUACAUUUAUCGGACGAACAGCCUGAUGCUGACAAGGAGGAAGUACUGGCUGAAGAGGAGGAGAAGGCAUCUCCGAGAGAAGGCUAUCCAAAAGGCUUGAAGGCAGUUUGGCGGCCGAGAGAAAUCCUACCAUACUCCCCCGAACUGAUACCUCCUGACCCUAAAAUACCUAUCAAACCCCCACCUACACCCGAGGAAGAGUCGGGUGAAGAAAGAGAGGUUGAUGAAGUAGGAGAGCAAAGUGAAGACGUACAGGGAGAAGAAACUGAGCCUCCAGCUGUUGAUGAAGAGACCGAAGAAGUGGAAGAUGGAAAUGUUGAAGAGGAAGAAUUGCCUGCAGCUGUUGAAGAUUACACUACUGAGAAGAUGGAGAUGGAGUCAAGUAAUGACUUGGAUCCUGAUGCAGCGCCAGAGUAGACCUGGUUAAAAGAACGAAAGAUACAUUUUCUAUUUAAUAUUUGGAUUGUUUUUGUAAAUGUGGUGUGAAAUAAAAUAUAAAACUCAAAA